CAUUUGCAUUUGCCCUGGGCUGCUGGCUCUUCAAGGCAGCUCCACCCUGGCAGAGAGCAGCUGGGGAGUGCAGGGGAAAGCGGUGACCCAUGGCAGCACGGGGGCCACGGCUGCACUGAGGGAUGGGGGGGCCAAAAGCACCAGCAGUGCUGGGCAGGAGGGAGCCCCUCUGUGAUGAGGGUCCCGCUUUGCAGAAGACCCCGAGUGGGUCUCUCCCGCCACAAUGCUCAGUGCCUGCACCCCACUCCGGGAAAGGCCAUUUUGGGGAAGGGCGGUGAAGCUGCUCCAUGGCAGCUGCUGUCACCUGCCCAAAAUUCACCUCCUCUGACUUCUCCUUUCUCCGCACCGGGAGAUCCCUUUUCCUCUCUGGCAUGCCACCGUGCACCUUUCUGGGCACCCCGGCACCCCGUGGCUGCCACCCACCUCGGCUCUGCUGGGUGAGCGGAGCCCUCUCUGCCCGUGGCAGUGCAGCUGGGUGGGCAUUGGCUCUGUGCCAUGUGCCAACGCCAUGCUGUACCAGGAUGGGUUGCGUGAAGUCAAAGGAAGCUGGCAUCCAAGAGAAGGCGAUAAAAACCGACACCGACCCCGGCCCCAGCUUCCAGCAGGGCCACUACGUGAAGGACCCCACGGCCACCAACAGGAGGAACAAUAAUGUCCCCAGCGUGGCCAUGUCGCCGCCUGAGGAUGGCUUGGGGGACAGCAUGGUGCUGGCGCUCUACGACUACGAGGCGAUGCACAGUGGGGACCUGAGCUUCAAGAAAGGGGAGCGGCUGAAGGUGCUGGAGGAGUCAGGGGAGUGGUGGCAAGCGCGGUCACUGGCAACGGGGUGCGAAGGCUUCAUCCCCAGCAACUACGUUGCCCCAGCCGACUCGCUGGAGACAGAGGAGUGGUUUUUCAAGGGCAUCAGCCGGAAGGAUGCAGAGCGGCAGCUCCUUGGCCCCGGCAACGUGAUCGGGUCCUUCAUGAUACGGGACAGCGAGACGAUGAAAGGCUGCUACUCGCUGUCGGUGCGGGACGGGGAUGACCUGCAGGGUGGCACGGUGAAGCAUUACAAGAUCCGGACGCUGGAUAACGGCGGCUUCUACAUCUCCCCGCGCAGCAACUUCAGUACGCUGCAGGAGCUGGUCCAGUACUACAAGGGGCAAAGUGACGGGCUGUGCCAGAAGCUCACCCACCCCUGCUGCGUGCCCAAACCGCAGAAGCCCUGGGAGAAGGAUGCCUGGGAGAUCCCUCGGGAGUCGCUGAGGCUGGAGAGGAAGCUGGGAGCCGGACAGUUCGGAGAAGUGUGGAUGGCUACCUACAACAAGCACAUCAAGGUGGCGGUGAAGACAAUGAAGCCGGGCAGCAUGUCUGUGGACGCCUUCCUGGAGGAGGCGAACCUGAUGAAGACGUUGCAGCACAACAAGCUGGUGAAGCUGCACGCGGUCGUCACCAAGGAGGAGCCCAUCUACAUCAUCACCGAGUUCAUGGAGAAAGGGAGCUUGCUGGAUUUCCUGAAGAGCGACGAGGGGAAUAAGCAGCCGCUCCCGAAGCUGAUCGACUUCUCUGCCCAGAUUGCAGAAGGAAUGGCUUUUAUUGAGAAGAGGAACUACAUCCACAGAGACCUGAGAGCUGCCAAUAUUCUGGUGUCUGCACUACUGGUGUGCAAGAUUGCAGACUUUGGACUGGCCAGAGUCAUUGAAGACAACGAGUACAUGGCCCGGGAAGGUGCCAAGUUUCCCAUUAAAUGGACUGCACCAGAAGCCAUCAACUAUGGAUCUUUCACUAUAAAAUCAGACGUCUGGUCCUUUGGGAUCCUCCUGACUGAGAUCAUUACCUACGGGCGCAUCCCAUACCCAGGGAUGUCGAGUGUGGAGGUAAUCAGGGCGCUGGAGCGCGGGUACCGGAUGCCUCGCACAGAGAACUGCCCCGAGGAGCUGUAUGACAUUAUGAUGAGAUGCUGGAAGACCAAACCGGAGGAUCGUCCCACCUUCGAGUACAUGCAGAGCAUCUUGGAGGAUUUCUUUACUGCAACAGAGAGCCAGUAUCAGCAGCAGCCAUAACGCAUGAAGCUCAGUGAAGACAGCGGAUACCCUGCACUAUGCCUGCUAUGUUAGCGGCAGCAAGCACAUGCACCCUGCUCUUCCCUGUCCCACUCAUGACCUACCUGUGCACGCCUUCCUCUGCCAGCCUGGCCCAGGAACCAGAGCCUUCCUGGUGGGGCUGGGCUGGAAGUGGGGGCAGGAGGAAGCCACGCUCAGGCCAGCCCUCUGGGGCUGCCGGACAGAGGGAGAAGUGAUGCGGGGCCAUACCUUGUGCCUUUCACAUGUGCCUGAGUGCCCAUGAGGCAGCUGCUCCGGGAAGUGCUGGCUGGACGGUGGUUGCCCACACCAGCAGCACCAUGCAAGGAGGGAUGGGGCCGGGGCUGUUUCAGCUACAAAGAAAAAAAAAACCCAGACUAUUUUUUUUUUUUUAAUUCUUCUGAGAUCUUAUCAUGCUGUUUUGCAGAAGUAGAUGCUUUAACUGCGAUGGCCUCAGUGAAAUGCCAUUCUGCUCCAGGCGUGCUGUGCAGCGCCCACGUCCCCCUGUCCCUACAUGUCAGGGAAAUCCCAGUGGAUUCCCACCUGGGCAUGCUGCCGUGCAGCACAUCCGCUCGUCCUCGACGCAGGAUCCUGGGUUUUGAAUGUCAAGUGUUGCAGAAGCAUGUCUUCUCACCCUCCUGGGUUUCCUUCCUACGUAUUUUUCUUGGUACCCUCUCUGCAGAGGGUGAGUUUGGGUGAGGCUGUGCCGGUGAGGUGGGCAGCGUGUGCCGCAGGGUACGGACGGACAUAGAUGGUGCUUUACAAGGUGGUCCCUGGAGGGAUCUUCCCCCAGCUUGCCUUAAGAGGAACUUCUCGAGCCAAGGGCAGCCUGAAGCUGGCCGUCGCCUGUGCCAGCCCCGGCCUGAGGAGCCCUCUCCCUCCAUGGCAAAGGCCGCUGCUCAGCUCGCCAACGUGAUUUAACAUCUGCCGGGGCAUUCACUGCAUCGGCAGUGAGCCCGGCGUCCCUUGCACAAUCCUUUUAUGUUGUUUAUUUUUAGUAUUUAAUGAUGGGUUAUUUGGGGAAAAGGAGGAUGCAAUAUUUUUUUAAGAUUGCCCUGAACGUCUUGCAGCAGGGAGCUUCUGGGCCCGUGAUUGUAUUUUGCUCAUACAAAGAGGCAAACACCGUUGCUUCUACGCUUUUGUAUCAGCUUUGGAAGCUUCUUUUUGUAAUCAGUAAAGUAUUUGUAAACCUC